UCACUGAACACUGCCUGUGUCAUUCUGUGGCUUCUUUGAGGACGGAUUGAUAUCGUGCCAGUUGAUGGAGAAAUAUUUCAGACCUUUACGUACUCAUCAGGACACCAAAGGCGUCAAAGGUCAUAAGCCUGAAAUGUGUGACCAUCAAGAGAAAGACCGCAAGCAUGGAAAGAAUGCAAACUCAAAAAUUCCACAGAUGAAGCACCAUCACCAGAAUCAAGGCCAUCGUCAUCGGCAAAAGUCACAUCAGUCAGAUGAUAAUGACAGCCAUGACACCCAUUCCACAGCGGACGACAGCCUUUUCAGUGAUCUUCCCUCCGGCCAUCAGCAUCAGCAUGAUGAAGACAAGACUCAUCAUCCUCACUCUCACCAUUACCAUCGCAAACAAAACCAUCGCCAUGUUUCUCUCUCAGAAGCUCCCUCGAGUUCCUCAACUGCUUCCUCUUCAUCCUCCUCUUCUUCUCAUUCUACUUCGUCCUCAUCAGUAUCCUCCUCCUCCUCCUCCUCCUCCUCCCCCUCUUCUUCCUCUUCCUCCUCCUCCUCAUCUUCAUUUUCUUCCUCCUCUUCAACAUCUUCCUCUAGCCUGUCCUCAAACUCCAGCAGUGACUGUUCAGAUAGACAUCCCCUUAAGAAGGCUCAGCAUUCGCAGUCCUGUACUGACAUUUCCGGGAAACACAAGCACUUUGAGGAGGAAGACGACACGGUCCCUUUGAUAGAUAAAAGAGGUUAUCAAAACAGGCUCUCUGCUAAACAGAAACAGGAGAAAGGCAAGUCCUCUCACAGCGGCCCCACCAAGGGAACCAAGAACCGGGCUACAAGAGGCUCAGGAAAUGAUGGAAGUGUCCGCAAAAGCAAAUCAAUGGAGGCUCUCACUGGACCCAAAGAAAAAGACUGGCAUGAAAAUGAAGAUGAAAAUGAACAGGAGAGGAGAAAAAGUGAAGCCAAGAAGAAUUUAAUGAAGGAGAAAAUGAAGUUCUCUGCCUUCCUUAAUGAGAUCACUCGGCAGGUGCUCAGCCCGAUGAGACUCACCACUCUUGGGGUUACAGAUGCUCAAAGACCCUGCAGUCCAGGGCAAGCCUCUGUUCGAUCCAGUAAGGGAGACAGCAGCACUGAGAAACACAAAGUCAAUCAUGGUCUCAAGCCUCUCAGCAUCGCUCCCAUUCGCCCUCUUACGAGCACAACCACCAUCGUCACCAAGGAGACGAUCACGCUUCUAGUCAUCAUCAUCACCAUGGUGAUCGCAACAGCCCAUGUUAUAACCAUCAUCACAGAGACCAUCACAACACAAGUCAUCACCAUCACCACGGACACCACCACAGUCCUCUCUAUCAUCAUGGUGACCACCACAACAAGUCUCAUCACCACAGAGACCACAAAGACACAUCCUAUCACUAUUACCAUGGAGACCAUCAUCAUGGAGACCACCGUCACCAUGGCAGCCAUCAUAGCCCCUCUCGUCAUCGUCACCAUGAAGACCACCACAUCACAACUCCUCGUAAAGGUCACCACACUCCAACACAUUACUAUGAAGAACAUCACAGUUCAGGUCACCGCCGCCAUAGCGACCACCCAACCAUUGAACGCCCAACUACCCCACGUCACCAUGGACGCCAGAGCCUAA